AUGGCCCCUGACAGCCCUCCUCGACGGGCGCCCCCUCUGAUAUUCCAUCUGCCUGAUGAUGAAGCCUCGGAUUCAGACCUGAGCGAUGUUCCCGCCUCUCCCACAACUCCUGAGCAUGUUGGCCUUACACAAGCCAUCCAGGCUCCUUCAACACCUGAUCAAAAGAUCAUUCCGACGAACUUGCCGCCGCAGAGACGUGGUCGUCUAGUCCGAGACACCUACAUAGACUCAGAUACCGAUUCUGACCUACCAGGUACGAAGAGAACCAGAGCUAAGCAGUGGCGAAGCCCAUCGACACCUACGCCGACUUUCUGUAGGCGGAAGCAAGCACACCCCUCCAAAGCGAAGCAGCCGCAAAACGAGUCACUCGAGUCCGAUGCAGAUGAAUCAGAUUUCGAGGUCCCUUUCAGCCCUCCCUACGACGACAAGCACCUGCGUGUCGUACUUAAGGAUUCCCUGGAAUCAGCUAACUUGGCGCCCAUCGAGAAGAUGCCGACUGAGAUCAUCGAACGCAUUGGUAUUGCGACAAGCAAAGACAUCGAUCAUCAGAACUUGAGCAAUUGCAAUCGCCAGCUGAAGCACGAUCUCUCUACACCUGAGUCUGUCAUCUGGCGCGAACGGUUCCUGGCUCUCUAUGAUGCUCCAAUGAUCAGGAGCCCCUACGAUUUCUUUGCUGCUUACCGAGAGCGCAACUUCGUUCUGAACAACGCUGUCGAGUUUCUGCAUGGGGCGGAUGAUCGCCUGCCCAUCCAGCUGGAAAUCCUCUUCGAGAUGGUGGUGGAAGCUUACAAUCCCCAAGCCCCAUACCUACCCACUCCAGAGACGUCACGCAACCUUCAGCUCUUCGCUGGACAAGAGCUCUGGAUGCGAAGUUUUCUCUGCUCGCCUUUCUACAACUUUGGCGGCCCAUCCCACGGCACACCGGAGCCUCUCUUCGAUAAUCUUCAACUGACGUUCUCAUAUCUUCUUUUCUCGCCCAAAUACCGCAUUGCCAACAUUGUUACCUUUUCGCGCGAUGACUACGCCAUCGCCAAGGUCUACAAUUGGGGUAGCCCUUUAGGUACCAUUUUCGAGCGUCUACCAGAGAGCGAGCAAGACAAGCAGCCGCCUUCAAAUCCAUUCCCUUUCAAGAUGUUCCCGAACCUGCGAAGCCCUUCGCCACCUUCUGGUCCAAAGCCCAUCAAGUACACGCUGAAUACUCACGUGUUGCUGCAUAUCCGCAACUUCUUCCAUCGCCACCUGAUCCACGAUCCUAUGGCAGAGCGGCUGGUCGGCGAUAUCGAUGAAGACACUUUUUGGCGUGCGAACAAGAAGCUGACGCAACUUGGUCACAUCCCUCGUCAGUGGUCAGGUCCUCUUCACAAAGGAGAUGAGAAUGUAGAGGCCAUUCUAAACGGCAAGUUUGUCGGUUUCUACUCGAGCGUUCUACGAUGGCCAAAGACAGAAUUUGAUCUGCAAGAAAUUCAGAGUGCUGCCCAAGAUUGGUCUGGUGUCGACCCCCUGACCUUGAAUUUCAAUGCAUCCACCACCAAUGUUGUCUCUGGUGCAUUCGUUUGGCCUGAAGUCUUCGCCAGCUUCCCUUGCUUUGCUUCCACAGUGCCAAGCGUUCAAGAAGCCGCCCAGCUUCGACAGGCUGGGUUUGGUCACACAUACUACAUCCAAGGCAGCGCCUCUUUUCUCGACAUCGAAGCCGUUGAUGACACGACCAGUAACUCCAAUGCGGCCAAGUCUUCCAAGGGCAGAGCUGCAGCGGCCACCAACGGCACCAGUAAAAGUGAUCAGCGCAAGUAUCACCCGUACAACGCACUUCGCCUUCGCGGCGUUAUUCACCCUAUCCCAUCAACAUUCGUCCCACCAACAAAGACGGUUCCUGGUAAUCUCUGGCCUCGCGACUCACCUGUCGCCCUGGUUCCACCGCUUCGCAUCCCGGGCUAUCGCCGCCUUGUCAUGGUGCUGUUCAAGCCCACUACGGUAUCUCUGAUCCGCCAGCUCGAGUAUGCGGACGAGAACUUCGGUUCCACCUUCGGCGUGAGCGUCACUGACCAGAUCUCACAACAUACGGCUGCAGGCAUUGUGGUGGGAGCUAACGGAGCAAUCUUGAACCCAGAGGAAGUAGACAGCUACUUGAAGAAGCAUUUGCAGAAGUUGAUUCAAGAGCGUGAAGGACUGUCCGAUGCUGCCGACAAAGACGAUCUCACUGGCGAUGGUAACAUGCGCGGUACUGGUGAUCAUAUCCUUCAGGCCAAAGGCAAGGCCAAAGCUGGCUCUCCAUCCGCUGAAAUGUGGUCGCUGCCUGACAUUGUUGACCUCGAGCGGCAACUGUACCAGGAUGGACUGGUCAGCUGGGAAGACAUCGAGUAUGCAUAUGCGUACGAAGGCGUGCUGUGUCCAGGUGGAAACGUCAUGCUGGGCCGAUGGUGGCGAUGCGGAUUGGCAGGAACCGGCGUUAGUGCUGGUGGCGAAGUUGAUGUGCAAGGAGUGGGAGUGCCGGAUGGCACCGAAGUUGGUGAAGCUGGGGCCGGUGGUCAGGUGAGUGGUGCUGGAACGGGACCAGGACAGCCCGGUGGCACUACUGGCGCUGGACGUGCGCGGACCCUAGCAUCUCUUGAGCGGGGACCAUUUGUGUUUUGGGGCAUGAACAGCGACGUCAACUGA